GUAAAAGUGUAUCAGACGCGACCAGCUGCUGCGGCUGCUGCGUCUGGCUGUGACAUCAUCGGCUGUAGGCUUCCAGAUAUGGCAAUAGCCCCUCUUGGAGACAGCUAGUCCUCUUUAGACGGCCAGCACGAAGCCUCCGCGAUCAUGUCGCUCAGUUGGUCGGCCAAAGAGCACAAAAACACGAACCAGCCCGCUGCCACGGGACCCAAGCGACCGCGCAACGACGUAGGGAACAAAGUGACGGUGGUGCUUGGUGCGCAAUGGGGCGACGAGGGCAAAGGGAAAGUGGUCGACCUGCUGGCCACUGAAGCGGACGUUGUCUGCCGAUGUCAGGGUGGCAAUAAUGCAGGACAUACGGUGGUAGUGGAUGGCAAAGAGUAUGACUUCCACCUUCUCCCCAGUGGAAUCAUCAACUCAAAAAGCAUUUCACUCAUCGGUAAUGGCGUGGUCAUACAUUUACCCGGCCUGUUUGAAGAGGGAGACAAAAACGAGAAAAAAGGUCUGAAAGGCUGGGAAAAGAGACUGAUCGUUUCAGAUCGAGCUCACCUCGUUUUUGAUUUCCACCAGGUCGUCGAUGGCUUACAGGAAACGGAAAGACAGGCGCAGGAAGGAAAGAACAUUGGAACAACCAAGAAAGGCAUUGGACCUGCAUACUCCAGCAAAGCAUCCCGCACAGGUCUUCGUGUAUGUGACCUUUUGGGUGACUUUAAGGACUUCUCUAGCCGAUUCAAGAACCUUGUCCACCAGUAUCAGUCCAUGUAUCCAUCCUUGGCAGUCGAUGUUGACGACCAACUGAAAAAGCUUAAGGACUAUGGGGAAAGAUUGCGACCCAUGGUGAGGGAUGGGGUCUAUUACAUGUAUGAAGCCCUUCAUGGAUCCCCAAAGAAAAUUCUGGUUGAAGGGGCCAACGCUGCUCUCCUUGAUAUUGACUUUGGUACCUAUCCCUUUGUGACAUCAUCAAACUGCACUGUGGGCGGGGCAUGCACCGGCCUUGGCAUCCCACCGCUGAAUAUUGGUGACGUAUUCGGUGUAGCAAAGGCCUACACAACCCGGGUGGGGAUUGGAGCCUUCCCCACUGAGCAACUCAAUGCGGUAGGGGAGCUGCUGCAGACAAGGGGUCAUGAAGUGGGUGUGACCACAGGGAGGAAGCGACGCUGCGGCUGGUUGGAUCUUGUCAUCGUUAGAUAUGCUCACAUGAUCAAUGGUUUCACCGCCAUCGCAUUGACAAAACUUGACAUUCUGGAUGUGUUGGAUGAAAUUAAAGUUGGCAUUGCUUACAAACUAAAUGGGAAAAGAAUUCCACAUUUCCCAGCAAACAUGGAUGUUUUGCACAAAGUGGAGGUUGAGUACGAGACCUUACCUGGUUGGAAGACAGACACAUCCGCAGCAAGGAAGUGGAGUGACCUGCCGGUCAAGGCACAAAACUACAUCCGCUUCAUUGAGAACCACAUUGGUGUUCCCAUCAAGUGGGUUGGUGUUGGAAAGUCCAGAGAGUGUAUGAUCCAGAUGUUUUAGAGGAAAACAGCUUCUCUUCAUCAAACGUUAGUCAGAUCAUGUGGCAUUUUUUCUUCUGUAAAAGUGAUCUCCUACAAUAAACAAUACACCAAUGAAACGGUCUUGUUAUUGUGA